AUGUAUGCCGGUAUGAGCAAGGAGCAGAAAGUCAAGUGGACUUGUCAUGAAUGUAGGAGUAAACAACCGAAGCUUGGAAACAUAAAUACACCAGUGCGAAAUGUCAAGGAGGGCGAGGCAAACCCAUCUAAUUUAUAUGAUGAAAACACUGGUUUGGAUAACAUUACCUUUAGAAAGAAGCAAACGGAUGACUGCCAGAAGACACCUGUUUGCAGCCCGGGUUCCGCCAGCUGCGCCACGAUUAAUAGAGAUGACGCAUUUAUUUCUGCUGUAAGCGAUAAAGUUCUUAAAGCGCUUAAGUCCGAGCUUCCUGCAAUGAUUUCAACUAUCUUCAAUCUGAACUAUCUUCAAUUAAGAAUGAUAUACUAG